GGAAGAAGUGUCGCGUGAUUAAACAUGGCGGAUAUAGAACUGUAUUCAUUGCGACAUUUGUAAACACAGUGAAAAUUUUCCAAACAAUCGGACUAAUUUCAUUGGCAACCUAUGUUCUGAGCGCCCAAAAUGGGUGCCAAGGAUUCCAAAUUAGCAGUGAUAUCAUACGAAGAUGCCUGUAAAAGAGUUUCUGAGCCUGAGAGCAACCGGUUACGGGAGGCUUUCAGACGAGCUGCUGUCAAUUCGACCAUGUCGGACACUGUGUUUGUUCGGGAGGUCUUGUGGGAUGGCAUUCCAAUCAACAUAGCGCAGUUGAUUUACAGAGGUUAUGGAGGUACAUCCAAGGGUUUGCCUUUCAAGGAUUUACUGUGUGGCCUUGUCAUUCUCACAAAAGGCACCAGGGAAGAAAAAAUUAAGUUGAUAUUUGGCAUGUACUGUGACGACUCAUGCACAUAUGUACAGAAGGAUGAGAUGGACAGACGGGUGCUGGAAACGGAAGGACAAGUGUCACCUGCACUGUCCAGCUUGUUUAAAGUGUCGGACCAGGUGUCUUAUGAUCAGUUCUCCAUGUGGCUCAAGCUGCACCCGGAUGCGACGAUCAUCAGCAAGUGGUUGCUCAUCGAGCCACUGAGACUCUCUCUGUCCGGCGACCACGACACACCAACCUUCUACCAGACCUUAGCUGGCGUCACGCACUUGGAGGAGCGCGAGAUUCUAGAGCUGGAAAUACGAUACUGGAAGUUGAAGGCCCUUUCCAAGACUGGACGUUUUGACCUUGAGCUGUUCAAGUCUCAAGUGAGCCCUCCGCUCCCUGAUAAGCUCUGUGAAUCUUUGUUUCUGGCAUUCGAUGAGAACUGCGACAACCACAUUGACUUUAAAGAAAUGGCCUGUGGGAUAUCUGCCUGCUGCAGAGGUCCGUCUUUGGAAAGACAGAAAUUUUGCUUCAAAGUGUUUGACAUGGACCAAGAUGGCCGACUGAGUGAGCAAGAAGUCACGGCGAUGCUGGAGGCUCUGAACACUGUCAGGCAGGAGUACAAUUCAGAGGCUACUCUGAGAGCUCAGGAUAUGCCAGUACUUGAGCCAGAGACAGUGGCCAAGGAAAUCAUGUCUUGUCAUGAUAUCAAUAAGGAUGGUUCUCUCAACAUGGAAGACUACCUGCUGUGGACGGUCAACAACCAACUGACCACUGACUUUUUACAGCUGUUGAGUCAGAUAUGCCACAUAGUGUUGGGCCUGUCCCCACAGACGAAAGAAGAAGAAGGCAAAAUCAUUCAGCACUGGUUGGAGAGAGAGUGCAGCAAACCUUUGGAGACAAGCCAGAUCUGGUACCUGGUCAACAUGCAGUGGUGGAAUAUGUGGUUGGAGUACGUCAAUGCAGAGAUGUGUGACGGAAACGGUCGGCAGCACCGCAUCGCUAAGGGGCGCAAUGUUGGUAGUUCAUUAGCCUGGGAGGAUGAGUCUGUCAUUAUGGUGGGGGCAACACGAGCCGGUGGGGAUGCUCAGCACAGGCCAGUUGCGCAGUCGCUGCACCCUGGAGACUCUACGCCCACCCAUAGAAGUUCGAGUCUUUCUCCGAAGAUGAGCCGCAAGCCUGCCAUUGGUCCAGCCCCCAAACCACCUGCCAUAAAUAACAAUCCGCUCCUUGUGAAUCCUACUAAGUAUGUGUCAAUGACUAAUGAGGGAGGUCGACUGAGAAAAGAUGUGGUGUUGCAGCGAGGCAAAGACUUUGAGCUUGUCCCUGAAUGCAUCUGGCAUGCACUGACCACUUGGUACGGAGGAAGCCCAGCCCUGCCUAGAACUGUGAUCAAUACAGCGCCAAAAGGGGGCUAUUGCGCUGAGCUUGAGUUGUAUCCCAUCUGUGUUCGAAUCCUGCGCCACCAGACACCCAGUCAGAGGCCUCCACCGGCCACCACCCUCACCGGCAUGGUGGCGGGGAUUGGAGGCAUGGCUUGGAGUUUUGCUGCCAACCCCAGCCAGCCCCGGAGGUACCAUGCACACACGGCAUCCUUCAGCCGCAAGCACACCAUUGCCCAGAUCUACGAGUUCCUCUGCAACAAACUGAGGUUCUACAGAGAAGACUUUCGGCUGUGGAAGAUUCAUCCGAAAGAUGAUCAAAACAUAACUCUUUUAGAAGAUGAGGAAAAGACUGUGGAAGAUUAUGGGAUAGAGGAUAUGCAACAGAUGCUCUUGGAAAUCCGGAACAAAGAUCUCACUUGGCCAGAAGAGAUGUCCCAGCUGGCGAAAAAUAAAACUGUCAAGAAAGAUGAUGCUCCCACUCAGAAGGGAGCCACGGGCCUGAACAACCUGGGCAACACGUGUUUCAUGAACGCAGCGGUCCAGUGUGUGUCCAACACAUGGCCUCUGACACAGUACUUUGCGGGCAACCUACACUUGUUUGAACUCAACAGAGACAACCCUCUGGGCAUGAAAGGUCACAUUGCCCAGAGGUACGGCGAACUCAUCAAAGACCUCUGGGGCGGCACCUCCAAGACCGUAGCCCCUCUCAAACUCAGGUGGACCAUUGGUAAAUAUGCACCUCGUUUCAAUGGCUUCCAACAACACGACUCACAAGAACUGCUCAGCUUUUUACUUGAUGGGCUGCACGAAGAUCUUAACAGGGUACAUAAUAAGCCAUAUGUGGAACUCAAAGACAGUGAUGGGAGACCAGACAGAAUAGUGGCCCGGGAGGCAUGGGAGAACCACUUGCUACGAAACCAGUCCAUAAUCGUGGACCUUUUCCACGGCAUACUCAAGUCCCAAGUGAAGUGCAAGACGUGUGAGCAUGUGAGCGUCCGGUUUGACCCGUACUCACAUCUCUCCUUGCCCCUUCCUAUGGACAGCUGUAUACACCUGGAGGUCAUAGUUCACAAACUGGACGGCUCCGUGCCGGUCAAGUAUGGUCUUCGCCUGAGCAUGGAGGAAAAGUACCGCACCUUGAAGCGCGAGGUCAGCGAACUCUCUCACAUUCCAGCGGAGGAACUGCUCAUCGUAGAGGUCAACGGACCGGUGGUCAAGUCCAUACCCCGGGACGACCAGAAGAUCCGAUCCCUUCUUGUGCCUGGCACCCUGUUCCUGUACCAGAUCCCGCCCCCGCCCCUCAUCCAGCCAAUGACGGAAGAGGAGGAGACCAACUACACCCCGAUGAAUUCUGACCCCAACUCUGGCAGUCGGGAGAGUCUGGAGUCAUGGGAUGUGCAGAGAGGCUCCGUCGGGAAAGGAAGCCCCCAAAUCCAGAUCAGUGCCCAAAACAGCCCAAAGUUCAAUGGCCAGCCUCCGCAGAUGAGUGGUGGGCCGGGCCCCGCCAACACCCGCUCGCCCACCCACUCCCGCAGCCCCAGCAACACCAGCUGUGCCAACCUGGGGGCCGCCCCGGACAGCUUCGAAAACUUCAUCGUCGGAAUGCACCGAAAAAUGAACCUUAUGGACGUGUUCUUUCUGUCGUCGCAAAAAUCGCGACCGAGCUUGUUCGGCACGCCCCUGAUGAUUCCGUGCAGCGAGACCACGACCAACCAGGAGCUCUACCAGUUUGUCUGGACACAGAUCGCCCGGCUGGUCAGCCCGCUGCCACCCUCGGAGACGAAGGUGACCAACCACGCUCUGGACUGCGAUGACAGCCUGGGCUAUGAGUACCCGUUCAUGCUGAAGCAGGUACAGAGGGACUGUCUGCUGUGUGCCCGCUGUCCUUGGUACAGGUUCUGCCGUGGCUGUAAGGUGGAAUGUAAUGGAGAGCUUUAUGGCAAAGGGAGCUCCUACCUGGCUAUUGACUGGGAGGCCACGGCUCUUCACCUCCGCUACCAGACCACUCAGGAAAAGUACUACGAGGAGCACCCGAGCGUGGCCCAGAGCCGGCAGAAGCAGACGGAGCCCAUCGACCUGGACGCGUGCCUGCAGGCCUUCACCCAGUGGGAGGAGCUGGAGGAGGACGAGCUCUACUACUGCUCCAAGUGCAAGACCCACUGCCUGGCCGCCAAGAAGCUGGACAUCUGGAGGCUGCCACCCAUACUGAUUAUCAACCUGAAGAGGUUCCAGUACCUCAACGGCCGCUGGGUCAAGUCUCACAAGAUUGUCAAUUUUCCACUGCGCGGCUUCGACCCGUCCGCUUACUUAGCCGCCCGUGACCCGGAGGACAGCAGUACCACCACCGCAGCAGCCACCACCAACACAAUGUCCGUUCCCGCCGAGAGCAAGAAAACGUUGUCAGAACCUCCGCCAGUGACCAAAUCCAACGGCACUGACAUGGACCAGGAAAAGGAAGUACCGCUUGAGUCAUCAGGCUUCACGAGCUAUAUCGGCAAAGUCUCCGACUCCACAAACAAUAAUGUGGGUUGCGGAGCUGUGACGACGACAACGACAGCAGUGUCUUCUUCGUCCUUGUCCUCGUCCUCAUCCUCCUCAUCAUCCUCUACAGCUAUCAGCAGCAGCAAACACAACCCAGGUCUUUCAGCAUUAUGUAUGCCAGCCAGCACCAUUGCCGCACCAGGUCAGCUCACAGAGGGAUCGCAGAUUUCAAAAGUCAUAUCCAACCCUGGGCUAGUCAAAGCCUUGGUCAAUGGCAAAGCAGGAAAUGCCCCUUUGAGUGUUGAGGACCGGCUGCAAGUGUUUGACAGAGAGGACCACUCCAAUGCCCGCUACAACCUCUAUGCCAUGUCGUGUCACACUGGCAUAUUGGGAGGAGGACAUUACGUGGCGUACGCCAAGAGUACAAACCAGCGCUGGUUCUGCUACAAUGACAGUAGUUGUAAGGAAAUCCCAGAGCAGCAGCUGGACAAGAAGUCGGCCUACAUCCUGUUUUACGAGCGAGAAGGGGUGGAGUUCAGCCAGUUCAUGCCGGACACCACGGGCUGCGAGCCUGACCUGGCGGAGAUAGACGACGAGUUCGAGUCUGACCUGAAGAGGAUGUGCGUGCUCCAGUAAACGCCUCGUGGCUGUCCACAGGGUGAAGAUAAAUUCCGAGUGAUAUAGACAACUUUUGUAGACUGCUGAUGUGAUGAACACACACACAAACGUUUGGUCCGGAGGUCUGAAGGUCGUCCAGCUAACCUUAUGGAGUUAUAGAGGUCUGACUGAAUCGGGUGAUGAAAAUGCAUCUGUUGGUGUGGUGGCCGUGUCUCUAACUAUGUGAUGAUUGUGUAAGUGAUGAUGUGAUGAUCACCAAUGUUGUUAUAUGUGUGUGGUCUAAUGACUGAUAAUUCUAAUGAUCUUAUGUACAGUGGAACUCGUUUAACUGGAAUGCAAGUAACUCGACAAUGCUUAUUCUUGGAGCUGAAUUUUCUAGGUCACAAGUUUUUCCUUUUUAUAUUCUUUGUAUUUAUAUCAUGGGACACUGGCACCAAAGUAUGGAUCGCUCGAACAAAUUUUCCUGCUGAUGAAAUUGAUUAGGUGAAAUGGACAAGAGACCAUCGACUUAGUUUCUCUUUGUAUGUCAGUAUGAUCAGUAGAGAGGACCAUUACAGGAAGAGAUCAUAUACCGUGCUGUCUCUUAAGGUAUUGAAAUCAGGGUGAGCAGAUCCAUGAUAUUGCAAGAGAAAAGAAAGGCGGGGGAGGGGGGGUGUGCUUUGCAUGGUUUCCUUUAUGUUGUGUAAGGUCAUGUUAAAUAGGUCUCAGAGAACAGAGCAAUACAGAGAAAGGGUUGGGAAGACAUGUUACUUUUUACAAUGUUCUCCCAUGAUGGCAUAUAUUGCAGAAUUCACACUUCUAUGCUAAGCCUUUGCUGAAGUAUUUUUUUCUCAGGUGAAUGAAAGAGAGUGGCGACUAUCUUGGCAGUUGGAUAAUGCUAUAAUAGGUACAGCUUUGUGUAAUAUCUACUGACUGUCACAGAUACUUUUUUUUUUUGUUAUUGAAAAUACCUGGGAAACAUUUAAAUCAUGUAUUUCUUGAAUUACUGCAUACAUGGUCAAGGGGACGUGGUUGUGAUAAAAUGUGAGUUUACCAUGCUCCUACUGUUCAUUGCUGAUGAUCUAGGCAAAAGGAAACUGAUGAUACAAUAAUGUUGCAACUUUUUAAAUACAGUAUUCCCCGCAACUUAUGUUGCAACGAUCAUUUUGAUAAUUAGGAUUUGUUUUUAAAAACUGACUCGAGCUAAAGUGAUCUCACUGCGGCCUGGUACUCUAAACUUACUGUUGGGUGAUUGGCAAUCGCUUCAUGAGGUGUGUGUGUUUGUGCCUCUGUGUGUGUGGUAAGUGUUUUGCGGAGCUCACAACUGCAUAAUGUCAUAUGACUCUGUGUGUGUGGAUGUCAUGAACUAUGUAGUACAAUGGUUGUUUGCUUUAUUUUUCACACAACAAAGAUGACUUUGCUGUGUGGGGUACCGUAAAAUAUUGACCGUAGAAGUUGCAGUCCCCUUUGAGGACAGCCUAGCUGUGUUUUAUAUAUAUAUAGUAUACUCCUGGCUGUGUGUUUUAUAUAUAUAUAGUAUACUCCUGGCUGUGGUUGCAGUUGUCACUUGGCUGGCUGUGAGGUUCACUGACUGCUCUAUGGUACCAUGACGACUUGUUUGUGAUGUUUUCAGCUACAUUGGUUUUUGGGGUUGUUGUUUUUUAAAGAUCAGUGAUUUUGGCCUGCCAAAUAUAAAAAGAAAUUAUUAUUAUUUUUGGUUUUGUUUUUAAGUCAGUGGUUUUGGUCUGCCAAAUAUGAAUUAUUUGAUGAUUUUAUUGGGAUUUUAGCUGCUGGCCAAAUAACUGGAAGGAAAUCAUGUCCAGUGUUUUUGUCUGGAUAGGUGAUUGGUUUUUUGUCUGGGAUUUCACAUUGCAUAAAUUCAAACUCUCUGUCCCAAAUACAAUGUUCGCAUUUGGUGAUAACUCCAUCCAAACUCUGUAUUUUGUUUGUCAUGCCUUAUUGAAAAUGCCUUUAGUGUUUGAGUUCGGAGUCACAGCGAGCUAUUGCACGGUGAAAGUUAUGGGAUGUGCUGCAAGUCAGAAUAUGUCAAUGGGAUAUGUGCAGUAAAAAUAUUUGCAUUUAGACUGUAGAAGCUCAGCAGUUAGCUGCAGUUUUCGCCUGAUGGUUUUGGCUGCUUUGUGACUUUGUGACUUGGUUUGGUAGAGAUAAAACUUCAUGACCUGGUGACUGCGUUAUAUAUGACUGUAUGACUUGGUGACUGAAGGACUGAGAUGUCUUCAUGACCAGGUGGCUGAGAUGACUUGAUGAGUGAGAUUUCUUUUUGACCUAUUGACUGAGAUGUUGCCAUAACUUGAUGACUUGGUGACUGAUGUUUUUGUUUCCUGUUUUGGAGCUCGGAAGUUAACUUGUUAAAGAGUGAAAGUUGUUGCGGCCACUAUUGUCUUGUGAAAAUUGAAUAGGAUGCUCUCUUGGUGGGGUAUUUGAAAGUCCGGUUUGAUUCACACCAGGCAUGAAUGUGGAUUAUUGCAUAAUGCCUUGAUGAUACUACUUUGAUUUCGUCCCA